AUGUCAGAAUUACAGCGGCCCGAACGACGUGCAGCGCUCCGCAGGAAAUCACCAUCUCCAUUCCCGGAUGCUGGUCUGCGCGGACAUGGCCACUAUGAGCGACGACUUCCGGUAUGGCGCUUCCGGUUGCGCAACCAGCUUAUACCCAUCGUACGGUGGGAGACACCUUACCUGGCACGCAUGCAGAAAGCGUGUCGCAGACCAUGGCUCGAUACUUACUUCGCGUUCACUGCCAAUCUGGGAACGCACACUUUCUUCAUGACAGCAUUACCGAUCUGUUUCUGGUGUGGUUACACUGACAUAGGUAUCGCGAUGGUACAUAUGCUCGCCAUGGGAGUCUAUCUGAGUGGGUUUGUGAAAGAUCUAGCCUGUCUACCCAGGCCUUUAUCGCCACCAUUGCACCGGAUUACCAUGUCUGGUUCAGCGGCACUGGAGUACGGUUUCCCUUCCACCCACACGACCAAUGCGGUCUCGGUGGCUCUCUUUUGCUUGUACCAGCUGCAUCUCGUACGGGAGAACUACAGCGGUGUAGCUUAUAAUGUCCUGCGUGCCAGCUUGUAUUGCUACGCAACAUCUAUCACAUUCGGGCGGAUGUACUGCGGCAUGCACGGCUUUUUCGACGUCAUUUUCGGAGCCGGUUUGGGUGCAACCAUUGCAUGGGUCCGGAUCGCUUACGGUGCUAUGUUUGACAGUUGGGUUCUGGCAGAUGGCUGGAUGCGGCCGGCGAUUGUUGUUGCAUUACUUACGCUUGCAAUUCGCGUGCAUCCCGAGCCGGCGGACAACUGCCCAUGCUUUGAUGACAGUGUGUCCUUCGUCGGUGUGGUCAUGGGCAUUGAGCUUGGCAUCUGGCAUUACGCGCAACGUGCCGCGGGCUCGGCCAUGUCAGCACCGUCGCCGGGUAGUUUGUAUCCAACUGCAAGCUCGGACCCAGUGAAAGCGACCGCUCGCAUUGUUGGUGGCAUCCUCGUAAUCUUCCUUUGGCGGGCGGUGAUGAAGCCGACAUUGCUCAGAGUACUACCUCCGAUCUUCCGCUUUGUCGCUCAUGGAGGCCUAAGCAUACCGCGCAGAUACUUCCUGCAGGCGAGGGAGUACAGAAAUGUGCCGCCACUGCGGAAGGAUGACAACGUCAUUCCACCGGCGAUGGACAUUCCAGCUUUGGUCUCGAGCCUUCGAAACCCGCGAAAGCGAAGGGUUUCAGUCGGUCCGCAGUCGGAAGCCGAUGCGCGAGAGUACAUUGCGAACCGUAUGCAAAGGCGCCAAAAGCGCCGCAACAGCCGCGGCUCGACCGGGGCUGCCUCGACCAAACAUCGGCCCAGCGAUGCCGGCGCCUCGAGCGAUAGCGGCAAGGAAGACGAGAAGAACGAUCGCGAGAUGUUCUCUGCCCUCGAGAAGCCAAGAAUACGGUACGACGUCGAAGUCAUAACGAAAUUGGUGGUCUACGCUGGCAUCGCAUGGUUGGCCGUCGAAGGCAACCCUCUAUGGUUUGAAGCGGUGGGUAUCAUCUGA